GAGGGCAGCGACCAAUAGGAGCGAGGCAGGCCGCGCCCCGUGACCAAUCAGGAGGAGCGGGCGGGGCUGGCGGCUGGAGAGUGGCUCGCGGCGCUCGUGAGCUGCAGCCGGUCGGGAGCUGCCGGGGCCGGUUCGCGCGGCGCAGCCUCAGGGUCUCUCCCCAAGGAUGUGGUCACUCGUGCCAUUGUGGCUGGCGCUGUCUGGAGCAGCGGCCUCCCUGCGGUGCCCCGAUGGGCAGCUGUGCCAGGGGCUUGAUGUCUGCUGCCAGGAUCCCGGAGGGGAUGGCUAUGCCUGCUGCCCCCCAUCUCUGGGCUCCCCGCACUCCAUGCCUAUGACCCAGGCCAGCAGCGUGGCCAAGCCUGCCGGGACUGUGUGCCCCGAUGGUACCCGGUGCCCCAUGGAAUACAGCUGCCUGCGCACGUCAGCUGGCUCCUUCAGCUGCUGCCCAUUGUCGGAGGCUGUCGCCUGCGCCGACAGACAUCACUGCUGCCCCCGGGGGUCCCACUGCAGUGCCGACGGCAAAUCCUGCUUUGUGUUCCCAGGUCUCCCGGCCGCUGAUGCCGUCCAGUGCCCUGACGGCGAAUCAGAGUGUCCCAAUGAGUCCACUUGCUGCAUGAUGCCCACUGGCUCCUGGGGGUGCUGCCCCAUGCCACAGGCCGCCUGCUGCACGGACAAGGUGCACUGCUGCCCCCAUGCCACCACCUGUGACCUGGAACAUGCCCGCUGCCUCUCAGCCACCGGGGAGCAGCCCAUGGGCAGCAAGGUGCCGGCCCGGAAGCGAGCGCCGUGGCAGGGAGUGCCAGCCUCGUUUGGCAUGAUCACCUGCCCUGACCAGUCAGCGUGUCCGGACAGCACCACCUGCUGCCAGCUGCCCACCAGACAGUACGGCUGCUGCCCGCUGCAGAAUGCCGUGUGCUGCAGCGAUCACCUGCACUGCUGCCCCCAGGGCACCACCUGCGACUUGCGCCACUCAAAAUGUGCCUUGACGCUGGGCCAGACGCAGCCUCUCACCCGGCUCCAGGAUGCCUCCAAGACAGCUCGAGAUGUGCGGUGCGAUGAGCAGACCAGCUGUCCUGACAGCAGCACCUGCUGCAGGCUCGUCACGGGGGCCUGGGGCUGCUGCCCCUUCCCGGAGGCCGUGUGCUGCCAGGACCACGUCCAUUGCUGCCCCAAGGGAUACACGUGCGACCCGGCGGGGGGCAGCUGCCACCCCCCCGCCACCCCUGUCCCCUGGCUGGAGAAAACCCCGGCGCGGGUGCGAGCGCCCUCUACUGGCCGAGACGUGCAGUGCGACGAGCAGACCAGCUGUCCUGAGGGCAACACCUGCUGCAGGCUGGACACGGGGUCCUGGGGCUGCUGCCCCCUGGAGGAGGCCGUGUGCUGCCAGGACCACGUCCAUUGCUGCCCCAAGGGAUACACGUGCGACCCGGCGGGGGGCAGCUGCCAACCCCCCGCCACCCCUGUCCCCUGGCUGGAGAAAACCCCGGCGCGGGUGCGAGCGCCCUCUACUGGCCGAGACGUGCAGUGCGACGAGCAGACCAGCUGUCCUGAGGGCAACACCUGCUGCAGGCUGGACACGGGGUCCUGGGGCUGCUGCCCCUUGCCAGAGGCUGUGUGCUGCGAGGACCACCUCCAUUGCUGCCCCAAGGGACACGCGUGUGACCCAGCGGGGGGCAGCUGCCAGCAGGCCCUGCUCUCUGUGCCCUGGGCACCCAAGGCUCCAUCACACGUUCCUGGUGCCGCCCAGAGCCGAGGUGUGAAGUGCAACCAGACGGUCAGCUGCGAGGACGGGCAGACCUGCUGCAAGAGCGAGACGGGCCCCUGGGCCUGCUGCCAUCUGCCGAAUGCUGUGUGCUGUGAGGAUCACCAGCACUGCUGCCCAGGGGGCUACACCUGCAACCUGGCCACGCAGAGCUGUGAGAAGCAGCAGGCUGGGCGGGUGCUGCCCGGGGACCUGAGCCUCGUCGCCUCCCUGCGGCCUGCCAGCCCGGAGCCCAGCAACAAGGUGACCUGCGAUGCCCAACACUACUGCAGUGCCCACCAGACCUGCUGCAAAGCCGCCUCGGGCACCUGGGCUUGCUGCCCCUACUUGAGGGGCUCCUGCUGCCCCGACCACCGCCACUGCUGUCCCUGGGGCUACCGAUGCUCCAGCUCGAGCCUCGACUGCAAGCGGCACUGGCUCCCGCGCUGGGACGCUGGUGCUCCCUGGCUGCUGUGAGGCACAUGUGGGGGCACCCCUGGUCACCCAGGCCGCCGUAGCGCUGAGGGGUGGCUGUGCCCACACUGAGGGGGGAGUGGGGAUUGCUCUGGCCCCUCAGUCUCUCUGUUUGACUUCCAGCCUCGGGGGCCUUUUCUCUGACUGCCCCAGGACACACAGGCCCCAUGCUCUGCAGGACCUGUCCCACCCAGCCCCCUGGGGCUAAGCACAUGGGAGAGCACCCCCACCAGCUCCCCCUGCCAUGGGAGUUUAACCCUGGACGCAGCAGUCUGGGCGGACGCAGCUUCAUCCUCUGCUCCGCUCCCAUUGCUGCUUUCCUGCUGGAAGCUUGGAAGGUUAAGGCUCUUCUCCUUCUGUGGGGCCCUCGAGGCUGGGCCCUCCUCCCCCACCACUGGGAGCUAGGGGCUGCAGUAGAGCCUGGGAAGCUGGGUUGAAGAGCAAGGGGGCUGGGCUGCUUUGCUUGCUACGUGCCCCUUGGCAUCUGCAUCUCCCCCCCUUUCUCCCUGGCACUUGGGCCCCUUCCUGUGUCCUGUUGUGCUGGCUGUGAAAGCCGGGGCUGGAAGGUGGGCACUGCAGUCCGGCUCCUGGUACUCUCCUAUCCCAGGGCUAGGCACCAGCGAUGGGCACACCCUUUUUCUAGCCCCCCUGUUCCAGGAGCCUCUGCUGCCUGCUCAGCCCCUGCCCCCUUCACAGCUGCCCUGAGCGCCCAGGGUCAGACUGGCACCAUGCCCUCUAGUCAUCAGCUCCCUUGCCUCUAAGAGUGCCCCACCUGUGACUGGGGCCUGUGCCAGGAACGGGGGCCCAGUGCCUGGUGCCAUUAGGAUUGAAGUGCCUGGAAGAGAGUGAGAACCAAUAAAGGGUGUGGAGGACGA